AUGAAGACCUUUGCCAUCCUCUGCCUCUUCGCCACCGCUCUCGCAGCACCAGCCCCACAAGCCUCAGGCACAACCAACUGCGCCGGCGUACAAACCCAGCUCGAGAAAGGUAUUCAAGCCAACCUCGAUAUCCAAGCUCAAGAGCUAAAAGGCGUCUACGCCCUAAAACUCCAAGGCGGAACCGCGGGCUUCAACGCAACCCAGGCUUCCGUUCUCGCUAUCCAACAGCGCGGUAUCGACAUCCGCGCGAAGAACCAACAGCUCGCCAAGGAAAUUCAGAGUCCCGCGGCUGAUGGACUGGCCGUUGUGGCUGGCGCGCAGACGAAAGAGAUUGAUCAGGUUAGGAGCUUGAAGGGUACAAGCGGUGAUGCAGAGACGAUCAAGAUGUUAGUGCAGGAGGUUAUGGAUGGGACGAAGCAGAACCAGAAGAAUUUGGCAGCGGCGAAGGGGCAGGUUUGUGGGAAGUAG